AUAUCCGUGAUUGUCAUGACAUCUUUUGAUCAUCUUUAUUUAUUUAUUUAUUUUAAGGAGGGAUCUACAGACAGCCUGUACGAGGCUCCGCAGACGAGCCCUAGUCCAACACCGUGGAGCCCCGAGUGGAGCGGCUCGGAGCCCUGCGUCGUUCCAGAGCUUCUCCUGACUCCCGCCAAACAGGGUGAGACGGAUGUGAGGAAGGCAAAGAGAAGAUCACGCACAUCAGAGUUAACGCGCAUCAGUGACAAAACAGCACCCAGUAACGUCUACUGUCCGUGCACUGGGAAGACAGAUGAUCCAGUUCACCAUCAUGCUGAAGAUGCAAGUGAAGCUCCCUACAUGAUGAACCCCUUGGCUCAAGAAGAAAGAAUUGAGAGAAAUGAGAGGGAUUACGACGUUCAGGUUGGUGAGGACAAGGCACAUGGAACUCUCCAGAAGACCCACAAGCUGGUGAAGAGCAAUGUCGAGGAGAGCAGAAAUCCUCCAGACAUCAGUGACGUCACAGUCGUAACCUGCAUAGGACGCUCUAAAAAGUCUGAGAAGAAGCUUGGGAAAGAGUCUAAACUGCAGUCUGAGCCAGGACUCGAAAAGUACGUAACGGAAAUGGAAGGCUUGUGGAGCCCCGGACAUUUCCACCACCACUGGAGCGCCAUGGACGCCUGUUCGUCCUGGGAAUCGUCCUAUCACACCUGCCACAGACCCACAGCCGAUCCAUGGCUGAAUAACGUUAACUUCACUCUGCCCCGAGGAACCGAUAGGCACCGGUACGAGGAGCUGAUGCAUGAUUUGGAUCUCUUCAAGAUGGAGUAUCCACCCCUGAGAGUCAUCCGCUCAUUCACUGACCUGGACAUGACCGACAACAUACGCUCUUACAGCUUUGGCAGGUUCGACACGUCCAAAAACCAGCCCAAGCCGGAGGAACAUGAGAGCACUUUGGGACAGGGUGCUGAUGGCGAAUCGGCCGAGGGCGAUCAUAUCAAAGGGGGGUUAGGGAAGAAGAUGAAAGCCAUCUCACUGACCAUGCGCAAGAAGAUGGGGAAGAAAUACACCAGAGUUCUGUCGGAGGAAACGGGCGAAGGCGUAGACGGAGACCAGGAAGCCGAAGGAGUCGCUAAAGCGAGUGAAGCUCCAGCCAAAGUCUGCACAAAGUCCAGUACCUCAGUGGAAAGUCUCUUCAGUCUCCACAGCGGCCAAAGCUCCUCCAGCAGUGGCAUCACCAGUGGCUCUGAGGGAUCAUGUAAUAGAGACAGUUUGAGGCUGGAGGAGGAAGUCCCAGACACCAUCCAGUUCUGUGGCAAAGCAAAAGUUCACACCGAUUUCAUCCCAAGCCCAUAUGACACAGAGUCUCUAAAACUCAAGGCCGGAGACUUGAUCGAUAUCAUCAGUAAACCGCCCAUGGGCAUAUGGACAGGCAUGCUGAAUGGCAAAGUGGGCAGCUUUAAGUUCAUCUACGUGGACGUCCUGACUGAGGAGCCUGCUCCAGUGCACAUCAUCAGAAACCGCAGGAAGAGCCGAAGACCUCGACCCAAAACGCUCCAGGAGUUCCUCGAGAGACUGAACCUGGAGGAGUUCAUGUCGUCGCUGUUGCUAAACGGUUAUCAGACGGUAGAAGAUCUGAAGGAUCUGAAAGAGCAGCACCUGAUUGAGUUGAACGUGACCGAUCCCGAGCACAGACUCAAACUGCUGGCAGCUACCGAGUGUUUACACGACGUGGAGUCCAACAAUCUGAGAGAAGGAGAAGACGACGAGGCGCUCAAAUCUCCGAUCGCGACGGCGAAAGCCGAGCCGGACAACUGCCCCAGAGACUCGGGCUGCUACAUCGCCUCGGACUGCUCCGACAACAGCAAAGAGGACGCGGAGAGCCACCUUUCUGCAUCUCUGUCCCCAUCACCGGCUGAGGUCUAACCACAAUGUGUUCCUGCACUUAGAGAAUCUGACCUACAUCACACAAACACCACGGCCCUCGUGUAAGUGGGUCAGCGAUCAAUCUGUGUUAAUGUCAGGACCGUAGUCAUGUUCACUGUGAAUCUGAAGCCUCGGUUUUGUUUUUGUUUUUGAACAGUCAGUCAGUCAAUCGUGCCAUGAUGCGUAGAAAUCCGAUUAUUCGUGUGGCGUACAAGUGUGCGUGCUGUUUCAAGUGAUCCAUAUAGAGCACUCUUUUUCACCUUCAACUGUCAGUGUAAAUCAGAAAGAAAUAAAAAUGAAAGCACUGUAAAUAGAAUGUAAAUAACAUGUAAAAGAAAUAUAUAAUGUAUUUAGUAGUGAAAGGAAUAGACCUCGACCUAAAUAAACCCGAUAUAUUUUCUGCAAUAAAAGCAACAUGUUUUAA